AUGAACGCUCCAUCCAUCAGACAGAUCUGCCUUUUGUGUUUGCUUUGGUGCUUCUGCUGCUCGACAGACGCCAGUUCAUACAGAGACUGGGAAGAUGGACUUCAGUUCCGAUCGGUUCGAGAUCUGCAGGACCAGGACGUGAGCGGCGUUUUGUGGAGAGAUUCCAACGAGGAACAAGUGCAAAAUGUUUUCAAAAGAUUCCUGUUCCAGUAUUCCAAAGCUCGGAACUCUGUGGGAUCACUGCCUCCAGAGGAGAGUCUGCACAGACCGGACUCGUCCUGGUCUUGGAGGAGAGUCUCCACAGACCGGACUCUUCCUGGUCCUGGAGGAGAAUCUCCACAGACCGGACUCUUCCUGGUCCUGGAGGAGAGUCUGCACAGACCGGACUCGUCCUGGUCUUGGAGGAGAGUCUCCACAGACCGGACUCUUCCUGGUCCUGGAGGAGAAUCUCCACAGACCGGACUCUUCCUGGUCCUGGAGGAGAGUCUCCACAGACCUCGUCCUGGUCUUGGAGGAGAGUCUCCACAGACCGGACUCGUCCUGGUCCUGGAGGAGAGUCUCCACAGACCGGACUCGUCCUGGUCCUGGAGGAGAGUCUCCACAGACCGGACUCGUCCUGGUCCUGGAGGAGAGUCUCCACAGACCGGACUCGUCCUGGUCUUGGAGGAGAGUCUCCACAGACCGGACUCGUCCUGGUCUUGGAGGAGAGUCUCCACAGACCGGACUCGUCCUGGUCUUGGAGGAGAGUCUCCACAGACCGGACUCGUCCUGGUCCUGGAGGAGAGUCUCCACAGACCUGACUCUUCCUGGUCCUGGAGGAGAGUCUCCACAGACCUCGUCCUGGUCUUGGAGGAGAGUCUCCACAGACCGGACUCGUCCUGGUCCUGGAGGAGAGUCUCCACAGACCGGACUCGUCCUGGUCCUGGAGGAGAGUCUCCACAGACCGGACUCGUCCUGGUCUUGGAGGAGAGUCUCCACAGACCGGACUCGUCCUGGUCUUGGAGGAGAGUCUCCACAGACCGGACUCGUCCUGGUCCUAGAGGAGAGUCUCCACAGACCAGACUCGUCCUGGUCCUGGAGGAGAGUCUCCACAGACCGGACUCGUCCUGGUCUUUGAGGAGAGUGCUGUGGUUUCUUUGGUUUCAUGAUGUAUUCACUGCUCCCACAGCUCUGUGUCCAGCACUUAAAUCACUCCGUUCACCCGCUCAUGCGACUCUCUCCAAAACUUGCCCAAAGAAGAAAGAAGAAAGUGGUUCUUUUGAUCAGGGCCCUGCCGGAGGACAUACUGUAAGAGGAGGGAGAAGAGAAGAAGGAGAAGAAGGAGAAGAAGAAGGAGAAGAAGCCACAGAGUUCCACAGAGAGAUUGAAGCGGACACAGGACCAGCCUCGGCCGGAGCCACAGCCUGA